AGGUCUGAGCAGGUGAGGUGACGUCAGUCUUCAGCGCGCGCGCCUGUGUUUGUUUUGAUGGGGAAGUGAAACAAACGAACUUCUCGAUGUGGAAGCGCCGCCAUUUAACAAGGAACUUGGAGAAAAGAGCGAUGGUCUCAGUCAUAUCAUGACAUGUUUAAACUCGAGACUGUUUGAAAGUACUGAUAAAGCAGGUGUUGAGUAAAUGCGCGUGCGAUGGCCGGUCAAGUCUGCUUUCCGCCGCUUGUGAUUCGUGAUGACAGUCUGAAGUGUUUUGUGAAGAUCGGAGCCGGUGGCUUCGGGCAGAUCUACAGGGCGAAGCACACGAAAUGGGGCAUGGACGUGGCCAUUAAAUUGCUGCUUUAUAAAGACGGGUCUACAUCCUCUAUUCAUAGAGAGGCAAAUCUGAUGUUCCAGGGUGGGAAUCCUAACGUCAUCCGGAUUUUUGGCCUGUACGAGGGCCGUGUGGGCGAGCCGCAGCUGCCGCUUCAGUCCGGGCUGGUGAUGGAGCUCAUGCCGAAGGGCUCGGUGGCCGGACUGCUGCAGACGCUGGCCGCUCCUCCUCCGUGGCCCCUCGCCUUCCGCAUGGCUCAUCAGAUCGGCCUGGGAAUGAACUUCCUUCAUCACUUGACUCCUCCGCUGCUGCACCUGGACCUGAAGCCCAGCAACGUGCUGCUGAACGACAGCCUCGAUGCCAAGAUCACAGAUUUCGGCUUGUCUCGAGUGGCUCGAAGCGUUUCUAAGUGUGCGAGAGAGAAAGACGAGGACGAGGGAGGGACGCUGAGCUACAUGCCGCCGGAAGCGCUGCAGUCCAUCAAUUACAAAGCCAGCAAAGCCUCCGAUGUUUACAGUUAUGGUGUCCUGCUGUGGUCCAUCAUCACUGGAAAGGAGCCGUACGACGGUGUGGUGUCCAGUCUGGUGCGGUUUCGUAUCCCUCUGGGUGACAGACCUGAUGUGACACUGAUCGACUGCGGUCAGACUGAAGGUCUGGAGGAUCUGCUGAACCUCAUGAAGCGCUGCUGGGAUCAGGACGCCAACAAAAGACCAACUUUCCUCAAUUGUGUUAAUGCGACCGAGAAGAUCUUCGAGCUGCACCAGCGUGAACUCAGUGACGCCGUCCGGGACGUGCUCAAGCAGCUGGAAGGUGACAUCUGCUCCAGUCUGAAAUCAGUCCACAUCUCCCGUAAACCACAGAACGAAGUACGUCCAGUUUUGUCCUGCGUCACUGGAUCGCUUCCUAAACAGGAAACCGCAGCCGGUUACACGAACACCGUAAAGAAAGAACCGUCUCCUCGUCUAGCUGCUGUGACUCCUCCCAGAACAACACAGCGUCAGACGUCCACACCAGGUGGCUUCCACAUCAACAUGUCCAACGUCGUCGGAGUUCAGUUCGGCAACAACAACAGCAUGAAUAUUGUUCAGAAGUCCCGGCAGAGGCACCGGACGGCUCCUUCUAGAGUCAACACAUCAGAGAACGCUCAGAAGAAGCCAUAAAGACAUUAUGACGCUCCAGUCAGUUCUCUUCAUCAGCUGUGAAGUGGCUGACUUUGUUUUACAUGUGGCCAAACUAUGAAGUGAAGUGGAUUCAGUCUGGCUGAACGGAGCUGAAACCUGUCACGAGUAUGUACAAUAAAUUUCACUUCAAAAUCAAAAGAAAGAAAUUAUAUUUUGCAUGCAGAAAAUCUUUUUUUUUUUUUUUUUGCAUUGACAUUAUAUUUUAAACCUCCCUCGUCCAAUUAUGUAAAUGUUAAUAUAUAUAUAUAUGUGUGUGUGUGUGUGUGUGUAUAUAUAUAUAUAUAUAUAUACAUUUUGAAGUACAAUAGUAAGUGCACAUCAUAUUAAUGUUUAUUGUGCUGGAUUUUAUGCUGAUUUUCAUGAGUGUAUUACAGUGGAAAAUAUCAGAUUUUUCAAAAAAAAAAAAAAAUCUGAUGCUCCUAAAAGUUUUAAUUUUCUUUAUUCAAAAUAUAUAAUUUUUUUCUGUCUGUCUUUUGAUUUUGAAGUGAAAUAUACGUAAGUCCAUUUCCGCCAUAUAAGAAUGUAAAUCGUGCUUUUGUAAACCAUAAUUAUGACAAAAAAGGCAAAAUUAUGGCAUAUUAAGUCACAAUUAUGAGGCAAAAGGUCAAUAUUGUGUCAAAAAAAAUCGAAAUUGACAGUCGAAAGUCAUUAAUUUGACAGUCAUAAUUUUGACUUUUUAAUCUCAUAAUUAGUCAUAUGUAGGUGUCAAGAUUUAUUUUUUUAUCUCAUAAUUAUUACUUAGUUUGUCAUAAUUAUCACUUAAUGUGUCAAAAUUUCAACUUUUUAUGUCAUAAUUGAGAUUUUUUUUUUCUUAGAUGGCAGAAAUGGGUUUCUCAAGAAAUAUGAUCCUGAAUAGGCGAAUAAAUGAGAUUUGAAUUCAAAUCAUCAGAUUCAACCGUCAUCUUUUACUGAAGACACUGGGACAUGUGACUGUUUUAACAAUCAACUACUGUAACUAGCUAUCAAAGUACUUUUCUACCUUUGAUUAAAUUUUUAUAUUUUUUUCCAA